ACUGUCAGGGCCGCGCACGCACCGCCCCCUCUGCGCCUGACUGACGAGACGUGACCGAGCCGGACCGAGCGGCACCGGGGAGAGAGACCAAGAUGGCGGACCAACGGCAGCGCUCCCUGUCUACCUCUGGAGAAUCCCUGUAUCAUGUUCUAGGACUGGACAAGAAUGCCACAUCUGAUGACAUCAAAAGAUGUUACCGGAAGCUAGCACUGAAAUACCAUCCAGAUAAAAACCCAGAUAAUCCAGAAGCCUCCGAGAAAUUCAAGGAGAUCAACAACGCACACGGUAUAUUAACAGACGCCACGAAGAGAAAUAUCUAUGACAAGUACGGGUCACUCGGACUCUACGUGGCGGAACAGUUUGGGGAGGAGAAUGUCAACACAUACUUUGUGCUGUCCAGCUGGUGGGCGAAGGCUCUCUUCAUGUUCUGCGGCCUGAUCACCGGAUGUUACUGCUGCUGCUGUCUCUGCUGUUGCUGUAAUUGCUGCUGUGGAAAAUGUAAACCACGGCCUCCUGAAGGGGAGGAGACAGACUUUUACGUGUCCCCCGAGGACCUGGAGGCACAACUGCAGUCUGAUGAAAGGGAUGCUGCUGAUAUCCCAGUGUUGGUACAACCCAGUUCAGCCACGGAGACCACACAGCUCACCAGCGACUCCCAUGCCAGUUACCGUACCGACAGCGCAUUCAACUGAUCACAUGCGGGACCCCCAGGUCACUAGGACUAGAGAGGAGGGGGGAGAACUGAUCUCAUCCUACAGCCCUCUGUGUAAUCAUACCCCCAGCCCCUCAUUUGACCAGCUAAUUAUCUUGUCCCCUCGGUGCGAUGAUUGAACAUCCAGGGAGUAAAGCGCAUGCUCACCACUCGCUUCCCUUACCCCCCCCACCUUUCCUUUUCAUGAUCAAAUAUUUUUAAUUUAUUUUUGUUUAUGUCUAGUUUUUAAUGGGUAUAUUUUUGUAUGGGGACCUGUUACUUCCGCACCCCUCCCUUCUGAACCCUUUGUUACCCUCGGUCUCUGAGCGUGUGCUGAAUCCAGCCCUUUGCCACUUUCUCGCGAUGUGUCAUAUUUCAGGUCGGCGUGAUGGGGGCAGGAAGUGAUGUUUUAGUACCGAUUUUGUUUUUUUUCCCUGUGCCCCCCUCCAAGAGGAGUUUUAUUUCUGUCUGCGUAACAUUGUAGUCUGAGUGCGUGGUACCGCAGGGGUGGGCCUGUGGUGUGUGAGUGCCCUAUCAGCUGCUCUCUCCUGGCAUGAAGGACGAUUUACAGAAGAGGACGGACGGUUCUGCUGCUGGAACGUUGUCAUUUUAUUCUUUGUAAAAUUGUUUACUGACAGACAGUGGAAUUGGCCUGACCAUAUACACUCCCUCUGACAACAAAAACUUAAUUUAAAAAACAUUUCUUUAAGGUUUUUUACAAACCUUUCUGGGAGCCUGAAAUUUUUGGCAAAAAUUGUGCUUUGAGAACGUUUUAUUUUUGAGGUGUGAUACACCUGUAUGAUCUGUAGGUGGUGCUCUGUCAAUUAGUCUUUGCCCUUCUCCAGUCUAGUCCUGCUGAAGCCCCCAGUGAUUGCAUUGUAGCCCAUUGUCUCCGCUCUCUUUUACAUUUCAUGUGUAAGUGAUCCCACCUCCAGAAAUGGGAGUACUCUUGUUUUAAUACGUAGUUAGUAAGGGACAGUGCGUUCUGGGAGCAGCUCUCAGCCACUAAACUGUGCAUCCCUGGCACAGUGACUGCAUACUCAACCCCCUGCAUACUGUUGGUGUAGGAAGCCAGCGCCAUAUUUAUUUGUAUAUAAUGUCUAGUACUUUGCAGCGCUGUAUUUAUCUGUAUAUAGUGCCACUAGUGUACUCAGCGCUGUAUGGUGUGUGUUUGUCUGGUGCUGGGAGAGAAUUUGUCACUAUGCCAAAGAUAUGUGAGCUUCCCCCCUUCCCACCUUCCCACCUAGUGGCUUGUCACGGGUCCUAGCACUUUCAGUGCUGAGACAAUCUGAUAACCGUGGCGCAGCGCACAGAGGGUUACCUGUCACUUAUGUCAUGUUCAGACUUUCUCUGUUUUGGGAACAAUACAAGCUUCCUAAUGUUUUCUGGAGGCAUCACGGACUUGUUUGUGAAUUUGGGAGCCGCCUCCGUAGCCUGUACAGUGGGCACUUCGUACAAAUGGGGUCAGGUGUAGGGAGUGUCCGGUGGUCUGUCUUGGAUGCAGUGUAUCCUAAAGUUUCCAAAUAUUCGCUGUGAAUGUAUGUAGGCACUGUCGUCUUAUAUCCCUAUGCGUAAUACCAGCCAAGCUGAGCGUCGCUCAACCACCUGUGCCAUGACUCUCCAGGAGGCGCCAGUUUAAGCCUUGAGGCUGUAGAUCAGUAUAUUUGACAUUUGUGAUGGCCUGUUUAUUUUCUCGUUUUUUUUCUUUACUUGCAGGGUGUAAGCGUAGACAAAACAGUGUAUGAGCAACCAACCGCAGACUAUCAGGACUGUGCUGUCUUUUUGGUGGACAAGGCUGAAAACUUUCUGUCUGUGAUUAGGAUUAGUGACUGGCAUUACAACCACUCGCCACUAGAUGGCGGCACUGCCUGGAAAAAUGUCUUGUCCCACUGAUUCUGUCCAGAAUAUACAUGUUAAAAUAUCAAUCUAAUUAAAAAAGAAAUUCCUAAAGGUGUGUAAUGAAAUUGGCAUGACCUUCAUUAAUACACUACGAUGCGCUCCUCUCUUUUCUCCCCACUCGGAGAUGCUACGAUGGCCUUUACUGACAAUGGCCCCAUCUUAAUUCAUGACAUCCCCUCCAUUCACAAAGCUACAUUUUAAAGUAAUUCAAGAUACCAGUUUGGAAUCUUCCCACAUUGAGCCAACAGACACAGCCCACACUCAGCAGAGGAGGAGAAAACCGUGGCCCACUUUAAUAGUAGAUUGGAAGGUGAUUGUUUCUUUACUCUAGCGCUCCAAUCAGUGCAAAGGGCAGACUCAAGUGUUUCGCUCCAUCCUGGACCUUGGUCAUGGCCUAUAAUUAUUCAUAAAAUCCAUGCGUCAGUAUACACACAUAUAUAAUCAGAGAGAAAGUCAAGGAGUCUAAGAAAAAAAUUGAAGGCUUUAAAUUACAUAAAAUGCAUGUCUCCAAAGUAACCUACCAGCAAGUCAAUUAUCCAUGAUUAGAAUUAAUUGGCAAAAACUGCCCCCUCGAACAUAUGAGCACCACACAGAAGAAAUGUCAUAUAUAGCGGAGCCCUGAAGCAAUGAGCAGAUAUGUUAAUUAGGCUACUUUCACAUCUACAUUUUUGCUGGACCAUGCUGGCAUUCUGGUGCGCUCCGUUUCAUUCCGUUCAGUUUUGUCCCCAUUGACUAUGAAUGGGGACAAAACGGAAGCGGUUUCCUCCAGUAUUGAGUUCCUAUGACGAAUCUCAAUGGCGGAAAGGAAAACGCUGAUGUGAAAGUAGCCUUUAAAGGGCGUCUACCAUCAGAUUUUGCCAUAUGUACCUGACUGACACUAGCGAUGUGCUAGUGUCAGCAGUACAUAAGUCGCCUUUGUUCACUUCUGUCUGCGGCCGUUCACCUAAAAAAACGUACUUUUAUCCAUAUGGUAAUGAGCCUCUAGGUGCUAUGUGGGCGUCGAUUCAGCACCUAGAGGCUCCGUCUACUGACCAUUUUGGCCGCCCAUGUAGCCUGCCCCGCAACUCUUGAUUAAUGUCCGAUUUGCCUGCAUCUGUCUAAAUCCCUGGUGCCGGCUAUCUCACUGUAACGUAGUCGGCGCAGUGAGAAAGCCGGCACCAGGAGCGCGGCAUUCACUGCCUGAGCCAAAUACAGAAGCGCAGGGGCGGGAUUUAGACAGAUGCAGGCAAAUCGGAUUUCAAUCAAGAGUUGCGGGGCGGGCUAGAAGAACUACAUGGGCGGCGAAAAUGGUCAGUAGACGGAGCCUCUAGGUGCUGAAUCGACGCCCACAUAGCACCUAGAGGCUCAUUACCAUAUGGAUAAAAGUACGUUAGAAAGGAGUAAUAUAGAGAGAGCGGGGAUGCUGGCAACAGGGAGGGAACAUAGCCCAUGCACUAUAGAUCAGGAUAGGUAAUCAUUAUAACCUUAGUGGGGGGUCCCAGUGCUGGCACCCCUGCCGAUCAGCUGUUUCAGGAAGCUGCUGCGCUCCUGUCAGCUCUCCAAACACAGCGCCGUACAUCAUAUAGUGGUUCUGCUUGGUAUUACAGCUCAGCCCCAUUCACUUUCAUGGGGCUAAGCUGCAACUAGUACAUAUGGUAGGUGUAUGGUAAAAUCACACGGCCUAGAAAGAGUCUGCCGCACUCGCGGAGCGCUGGCCUCUUCUAACAGUUGAUCGGCGGGGGUCCCAGGUGUCUGACCCCUGACAAUCUAAUAUUGAUGACCUAUCGUGUAGGUAGGUCAUCAUUAUUAAUUACUGAAAAACCCCUUUAGGAUCAGAGUCUCUUGAGACCAUAUGGGGACAGUGUCUGCAGUUCGUGUAUCCAGUACAAUUUGUGAGUCUUAUGCGAUUACCACCUCGGAGGGGGGAUGUGUAAAUAUGCUAGAACCUGAAACUGUAGUUGACUAAUGCAGUGAUUUGUUAGUGAUGAAGUAGUGUCGUACAGGUAAGUCCAGACAAUUACAUCUAAUGGUCAAUUUAUACUUUGAGGUGCGGUCUCGCAUCUUUUUGAUUAUAUAUACUGAUGCAUGUACUUUACAAGUAUUAUAGGCCGCGACCAAGGUCUGGGACGGACCGAAACACUGAGUCAGCCCUAUGACAACUAGAAUAAAUAAACUUGCAAUCUUCUAUUAAAAGGUGCUGUGGGCUUCUGCUUCUCUGCAAUUUGUGGGUGCUGACCAUUAUUGAUGUACUGUAUAAACCCUAGACUUGGCCUAGCUGGCAGCCUAUAGGCUGCAUGAGGGAAGCUGCUGCUUUUAAUCAGAUAUAGGAAUAAACAUGGCGUCUCCCUCAGUGCAGUAACUGAAAUGGCUGGAUGCAUGUGAGUGCAGCUCUGGUUGUGACUGGAGUGGGAGAUAUGACACAACUCCAUACACAGGAAGUAAAGCAAAGUAUUUUUAAACUGACCCUUGAGAGUUCAUAAUGCGCAUCGCAUCAGAUCUGCAGGAAUGUUCCUCUCUUUGUCUCUGCUCUUCUGUAUUAUAGUUUCUGCUCUCCUCCUCCUGCCAGGAGUAAAUGUUGCAAGUGUUGGCGUCUGCAGAUCUGUAUGUCUAGUAUCUGAAGGGGGGCUGGGUUGGGGUCGGGGUGACGCUGAGGUCCCUCUGAACAUUUUGCAGAGGAAAAAAUCAUGUUUUUGUUUGUAGCAUGUCAUUACGUAUGUUUGAAUAUUACCUAACGUGAAACGAAGCCAGACGGAUGUUAAAUUAUCUCAACCACUACUGUAAAAUAAAUGUUUUGGUGCAGGAA